AGUUUGAAUCCAUGCCCGCAUCAGCCGGUGGGAAGCCGCAAUCUGGAUCCAGGCCCGCAUUGGCAGCUCCGGAUCCACAAUCCGGGGCCAGGCCCACGUCGGCGGCUCCAGAUCCACAGUCUGGAUCCAGGCCCAGAUCGGCAGCUCUGGAACAACAAUGCGGAUCCAGGCCCCCAUCAGUGGUUCUGGGUCGACCGUCCGGAUCCAGGCCUGCAUCUGCUGCGCCGAAUCCACAAUUCAGAUCCAAGCCCGCAUCGGCGGCCCCAGAUCCACAAUCCAGGGCCAGGCCCACGUCGGCAGCUCCAGAUUCACAGUCUGGAUCUAGGCCCGGAUCUGCAGCUCUGGAACAACAAUGCGGAUCCAGGCCCCCAUCAGCGGCUCCGGAUCGACCUUCCGGAUCCAGGCCUGCAUCGGCUGCACUGGAUCCACAAUUUGGAUUCAGGCCCGCAUCAGCGGCCCUGGAUCCACAAUCCGGAUCCAGGCCCCCAUCCGCUGCUCCGGAUCCACUGUCCGGAUCCAGGCCCACAUUGGCGGGGCCGAAUCCACAAUCCAGACCCA